AUGAGCAAGCCCCGGUCACGAAAUCAGAGGAUCCGCAGAAGCAUCCAAUGUCCAAGAUGCCUCCGGUACAUCGUCGAAAGUCUCGCAUACACUCAGUAUUUCUCCAACGAGACUCUGGGCCGCUCUGCGGACCAGGAAAGCAUGACACGGGUGCUCAAUAAAACAACCGGCGGGCCGGAUGGACAUGGAUAUAAGGAUGGAAGGGCUUAUGUACCGCGCACACGGAUCAACACGUAUAAAUGGAUGCCUGCUUAUGAGGGCUACGGCAUUCUGGACAAGGCUAGGAACGGCGAGGGAGACUAUUACAUUGAUGGAGAAAAAGAUUGGUUGAUGCCAAAUGGCAAUAUAGGCAAAAUUGACGAGGUUAAGAAGACGGAGAUGGCCAAUUUGCGAGUUGGAGGGCGUUGCAAGGCGAGCGAAUGA